UCAGAUACAAAAAAUGUAAUGAUAAAAUCUUGGGUUGGCCCUUGAUCCCUAUGGCCGUGAAGGUGCAAUCCACUGGGAGGCAGUCUGGGCCAACAAACACAUGAGACCCAGGCCUGUGGGGAAACUACAAGUCCCAGGAACCUUUGCAAGAGAGAGGCCCCCUUGGCUUUGCAAGGAUUUAAACCUCUCCAGUGCCGGGUGCGGGUUGGCCGGUUUGGAAGGUGCAAGAGGCCGGUUGUGGCCGGGGAUUGGCUGUGGCCGGGCCCACAAAGGCUGCGAGGAUCCCUGGCCUCCAUUGUGCGGGCGGAGAGAGCUUGGGACCACAGCAAGUGGCCGGAUCUCACUUGGAGUCCAAAAUGCAAUGCAAGGAGUAGCCGGAGGGGCCACAAGCCAUAUCAAGUGCUUGCAAGCUCAGAGUUUGGGCACAAAGUUUGCAAGAGGAUCGGGCUCUGACUUGGUGGGAAUCCCAAAAAGUCCAGGUUCUGGCCGGGAGAGGAGCAUCCUUCCUAGCCGAGCCACAUCUGGAACAGGUCCAGGCUCUUUGGACCUCGGCAAGCCAGAUGUGAACACCGCGGAGAGCUCCAGCAAGAUGCAUCGUGGUUUUUCCUCUCCAAGCCCAAGAAGGUGAAGCCGGUCCAGAUCCAUCAGGUUUGGGUCUACGCCGAGGAGGACUUGCUGGGCCCAUGACCUCCCUGCCGUAGCCCGUCUGGCGCGAUGUCCGACUGAAGGCGGCUCCGCGGAGAUGAGAAACGGAGCCCGGCCACAAGGCGCCGAGGUUGCAACGGUCCCGGGGAGCUGCCCGAUGGUGUCUCCUAGUUCUAUCCAAGGGACCCGGCGCCCGAGGGCCACUUGACCCCUCCUCCGGUGUCCCCGCCUUCCUCGUGGUCUCGGGAGCGGACCCUUCUUGGCGCUGCUGCGGGGUGUCCGGCCGGGGCAGCUGUGCUAUGAAUUGGUGUUUAUGGAUUGUUUACCUUGCCCUGGUCUGCAGCAGCUGCACUCAAGGUGAGAGCGACGACGAGCCCCGCGCAGUGAUUGGGCGCCAAGGGGAGAGCACCAUCCUGGGCUGCAACUUGCUGAAGUCCGACGCGGCCAGCCCCCCGCUCUAUGUCAUCGAGUGGGUGCGCUUUGGCUUCCUCCUCCCCAUCUUCAUCAAAUUCGGCCUCUAUUCCCCCCGCGUGGACCCAGAGUAUGUAGGUCGUGUGCGGAUCCAAGAAGGCGCCUCCCUCCGAAUCGAGGCGCUGCGCCCGGAGGACCAGGGCUGGUACGAGUGCCGCGUGCUCUUCCUGGACCGCCCCAACAGCGACGACGAGUUCCAGAACGGCACCUGGAUCCACCUCACCAUCAACUCUCCUCCCGCUUUUCAGGAGAUCCCGCCACCUUUUGUGGAAGUCCCAGACCAAAACCCGCUCACUCUGACUUGCUCCGCGGCAGGAAACCCUCAGCCUGUGAUCACCUGGAAGAGGGACAACCAGGCCAUUGACAGUGCAGACAAGGUACAGGUGAACAACGGGACUCUUGUCUUCACCAGCGUGGAGAGGGCCGCCGCCGGAGCGUAUACUUGCCAUGCCACCAGCGAGGAGGGAAGCAUCAGCCACACAACCCAGCUUCGGGUUCAAGGACCGCCGGUCAUUGUGGGCCCCCCGCAGAACGUCACAGUCAACCUUACGCAAGAUGCCUUCAUGACCUGUCAAGCCGAGGCAUACCCUGCCAACCUCACUUACAGCUGGUUCCAAGGGAAGACGAAUGUCUUCCACCUCAGCCACCUCCAGCCCCGGAUCCGCAUUUUGGUAGACGGAAGCCUCUUAGUUCAGAAAACCACCCUGGAUGAUUCAGGAAAAUACACUUGCAUUCCCAGCAACGGGCUGAGAAGACCACCGACUGCCUCCGCCUUCCUCACCGUUCUGUAUCCAGCACAAGUGAGCAACAUGCCUUCUGAGACCUUAUUGCCAAUAGGAAUGCAAGGUACAAUCCGAUGCCCCAGUAAAGCCAACCCUCCCCUGCUCUUCGUCAACUGGACCAAAGAUGGACAGCCACUGGACUUAGGCAAGUUCCCAGGUUGGUCAAUGAAAAACGAUGGUGCCAUUGUGAUUGCCACAAGCAAUGAAGAUGCCCUCGGUGUGUACACUUGCACCCCGUACAACAGCUAUGGCACGGCUGGCUCUUCCGCACCCACUCGUGUCCUCUUGAAGGAUCCUCCCACCUUCACCCUUCGCCCCAAGGAAGAAUAUUUCCAGGAGGUCGGGCGGGAUCUGCUCAUUCCCUGUGCCGCUCAAGGGGACCCCUUUCCCGUCAUCUCUUGGACCAAGAUGGGCAACAAGGGCCUGGCCAACGCCCAGGUCGACACGAACAACAGCUUGGUCCUUCGCCCGCUGACCAAGGAGCAGCACGGCUUAUGGGAGUGCGCGGCCAACAACGGGGUGGCCCACGUCAGCAUCACCACCACCAUCUACGUAUUGGGGACGAGUCCGCACACGGUGGCCAACGUCUCGUUGCUGCCGCUUCAACAGGCGGUCAACAUCACCUGGGAGCCGGGCUUCGAUGGGGGCUAUUUCCAGAGAUUUAGCAUCUGGUACACACCACUGUUGAAACGCUUCAACCGCCCCCACCAUGACUGGGUCUCGGUGCCAGUGCCUGUCGGGGCCUCCCACAUCAUGGUGGAGAACCUCCAGCCCGAUACCAGUUACCAGUUCAGCGUCCUGGCUCAGAACAAACUGGGGAGCGGGCCCUUCAGCGAGAUCGUCACCACUGUGCCACUAGGUUUCCCGACGAACACGGUGCCGCCGGAGCCCUUGACGCCCACCCUGCAGAUGUUCCUUUCUCCGCCCCAGGCCCUGAUGGCCAACGAGACCACGCGGGGGGUCCUACUGCUGUGGGAGCCCCCCUUCCAAUACUCCGUGGGCCUGAGUGGCUACGCACUGGAGCUGCGGCAGGACCAGGGGGGCUGGGAGGUGCUGGAGGGAGCCAUCCCGGGCUCCGAGACACAGCUCCUCGUGCCUGGAUUAAUCAAGGAUGCCUUCUACGAAUUCCGCCUGGUGGCCUUUGCGGGCAGCUAUGUCAGUGACCCCAGCAACACCGUCAAUGUUUCCACAACAGGCAUGGAGGUGUACCCAUCUCGCACCCAGCUCCCGGAGCUGCUGCCUCAGCCGGUGCUGGCCGGCGUGAUCGGGGGAGUUUGCUUCCUCAGCACCGCGGUGAUCUUCAGCACCAUGGCCGCUUGCAUCAUGAACCAUCGGCGAGCUGCCCGUCUCUACAAACGGAGGCAAGAUGCCUCCAUCGUCUUCCCCCCCAACAAGAAGCUCCUGCCUUCACAAAACUCUACAGGCGCUGCUAGCCCAGACAGCAUUGUGAAGCUGAAGCUGCAGCUCUCUCCGUACCAGAGCCCCCACCGCAGCCUGCUCUGGGGGGAAGAGACGGACCCCAACCUCAGCCUCAACUUUGCCGCCGCCAACACCGGGAACAGCACCCAGUACGCUCUCUAUGAGAGCCACGUCGGGGAUCCGGCGCCACCGGCGUCACCCCUGGAGCGCAUCUGCCGCGGCCCGGACGGAUGCUUCGUGGUGCUGGACGAGGCGCGACCGGCAGCCGCGCGGGAACACUACUCCUCGCCUUACCUACAGACCUUCUCCCCCGCUCGAUCCAAGGAACCCGUUUGGCACAAAGGGAUCCACCUGCGGCAAAAGAACCCCGGCCGGGCCCAUGGCGAGGCCAAGGUUUUGGGCCACCGGCGGGGCCGCUACUUCGACUACGGCAGCAGCAGCCCGGCGGAGGAAGCGGAGCCGCUGCGUAUCGUCGACGUGAGUCCCGUCGCGUCCGUGUCACCCCAAGAGCAUUUGACGACUCCCGUGAAUGCUUUCCCUUCGCCGAACCAAACGGGUAGGACUUUUUGCCGGCCUCAGAAUAGCCACGUCCAAAUCGAUACCUCGUCCCAAAGCGGCAUCCUCCAGUACUUGAGCCUGCCCAUUUUCAAGGAGAUGAACGUGGACGGAGACUGGCCGAUGGAGGAAGAGGAAGAUGGUGACAACGCCGAUGACGACGACGAAGACGACGAUGAUGACGACGAGCUCUUGGCCGGCAUUGAAUUCACCCUGGUGAGAGAUGAGGACCAAACGCCGUGUCCGGACUACAUGGACGUGCAAGUCGACUCAGGCUCUGCUCCAGAACGGACCGCCGCAAAAUCCUUCCUCAAGCUCCCCGACGUCGACGCCGGUCCGGCGAAAGCGUCCUUGCACGGACUGAGUUACAUCAGUCCGCGCAACGAGCCGGGACCUCCGUCGCAGGUCCGGUCGCCCACCCAUUCCCUUGCCGACGGCACCCCGAUCGAGAUGUUGUACGCAGCCAAUUCCUCGGAGCACAACUGGCUCCGCCCGGCAGAGCCGUUGCCCACCGAGAGGCGCCGGUUGCCCGCCGAGACGUUGCCGCGGGGGAGCCUGACCAGCCAAAGCAGUGGCCGCGGCAGCGCCUCCUUCCUGAGACCCUCCUCGCUGGCACCCUCGCUGGCCAGCAGCUACCUCAGCUCGCCCUUGGCCGAGACGGGCCACGGGCACAACAGCUUCGCGGGAGAGGAGUCCCGGCACAAAAGGGAACCAUCGAUCGUUGCCAACAACAAAAGGAAGAACACCUCCGUGGAUGAGAGCUAUGAGUGGGACUCGGAGCUCACCCUCGAGUCCGACCUGCUCAACGCCCUGCAGUCGUAUCGGAACGAAAACCCCAAGCGGCCGGUCUCCACCAUCGAAGCGCAUGAGUUGGAGAAGCAGACAGGUUCCAAGACCACCAACGAAAGCAACGGCUCGCCCUCCAAUUCCCAGUCGGUGGGGGCCCUGGACUGGCCCCACUCGCCGGUGCCCUCGCUGAGCCCUGAGGAACGCUGCGUCGCGCUGCGGGAAGAGUUCCUGGCCUACCGCCAGCGCCGCGAAGCCACGCAGCAGCGCCGGCAGAAGCUGUCCUCAGGCAGGAAGCAGCGGGAUGAGCGGCUGGAGCAAACCACCUUGCUAUGACGCUCCACGUGGGCCGUGUUUUCCCCCCAUUGAGACACGCGUGUGUGCUGUCGUGACAUUUUGGCAGCACUCUACAGGCGAACUCACUGCCUCGGAGCUUUGGUUUGCAGAAAGAACUUGUGGGCUGGAUGGCCAUCUGUCAGGAGGGCUUUGAUUGUGUCUCGGUCUGGACGGCCCUGACUCUACGAACUGCAUCAUAAACUUAAGUUUUCGGAUUAGGCGGUAGAUAAUGUGAGCCCUAGGGCAUCGAUCCGUACUGGUUUUGUUGGAAGUGUGUUACUACUACUGGUUUUAUGGUUUAUUUUAAAGGUGUGGGGCUGGGGUUGGCUGUGUUUUUUUAAUAUAAAAAAAUAAUAAUCUUGGAAGAAAAGAA